AUGGCGAAGAAAAGCUAUGAGGGUUGUAGUAGUGGACGUGGAAAGCCAGUGUAUCUUCUUGAUCGAAGAAAAUAUGAACCGAGUUUCGAUAGCGAUUAUGGCGUAUCCAAACUGUUUGAUAGAAGUCCCUCAAUUGGAACAUUAAGCAGUUCAAAUGCUUCUCAUGGACGUUCUCAAUUGUGUAAAUCUUCUAUAGAUGUAAACACUAAUAUGUCUUCUAUUCAUGGGAUAUCAGAUGGAAUUGGACCUACUCGAAGUGAGCAUUCGACAAGAAUAAUGGAAAACUAUUCAAUGGAUAAUAUUCAUCAGCGAACUUACGAAACAUCCGAAUUGUCUAGCCCUACAUUUAUGAAUACUUCGAGCAAUUUACCAAUAUGUCUUAAUAAAGACGAAAAUCACGAUACAAACGUUUCUUCUAACUAUGAUUAUAACUCAAAUGCAUCUUUUGAACAUGAAAACAUGUUUUGGCCAUAUACUAGGCUAUUUUCCGAUGAUGAAAAUGAACCACAGCAGAAACAACAGCGAAACAAUGUUUCGGAUUGGAUGGAUACUAAUUCUGAAAAUGCAGAUAUGAAAGAUGGUCAAACUGCUCCAAAGCUUGUCCAAAUUGUAGUACCUAAGUAUGAUAGCUGUUGUAUGCAGGAUUGUCCAAAGGUAUCCGAAUGCGGACCUACUUCACACUACUGUCCUGAUUGGUCACCUUUUUGUGUCAGUUUCGCUUCGCUUGCUACUAGAGAUAUGCAGUCAUAUCUUAAACGUAAGAAAGUAAUUUGUAAGAUUGCGGAAGAUGAUGUUAUCAUAAACGAAAAGAAUCUUGUCGCAAAUCGAUUAUGCCUAGAGAACAUACUGAUUGAUGACUCAAUGUACAUCUGCCCUAAACAUCGAAGCUCAUAUGGAAUUAAUCGGUAUAUUUCUGGAACCAAAUGUCAUCAUCCUGAUCAUGAUGCAAAACGUCCUGCUUCUAAAAGCGAUUUACGCACAGCUAAAAUAGAUAUCUGCUUAAGAGUUGAAGGUUUCCCAAUCGGCGGAAAGUAA